GGCGCAAUUCCGAGUACAAGUUCAACUUUAGAACAUCUUAGUUACUUUACAUUCAACCAUAAAUAUAUAUAAAGAACCUCGAUUGCACACUCCAAUUGAAUGAAAGUCGAAGAAUGGAUCAAUCACAGAAUCAGCGACCAGCUACAUCGACAACACCUUCGCGUUCUCUCCAGUUCCACCCUGCUCGUGGCACCAUUCUCGAUCUCUUCAACCUCUACUUAGGACUCGGCGUAUUUUCUCUUCCUCUCUUUUUCCGAAAUAGCCGCCACAAACCCGAAGAAUCACUUCGCGAACCACCGAACAAGACUCAGAAACGUGUACACGCACUUAAUCGGGAGCUUCCUCCACCAAAUGAGCAAUUCAUUCUAGAUUUUGAGCAACUCCAGAGCCAGUUUCCUGACCAAGAUCAAUUACGCUCUGUUACAGAAGCAAUUCUUAUAUCGCUUGUAGUGCAGUGUAGUGGCCAUGGACCAAGGGCAGACUUUCUUCUUUUUGUUUUACGUGGCUUAUGCGGUAUUGGAUGCAUUAACUGGGACUCCCUUCUGCAGUCCCUUCUUUCCUCGGUUUCUUCUGCAGAAUUACCUGUUGGUCAACUGAGUCAAGCAGUGCCAACUGUUUCCUCAUCGAGCUUAUCACAGACGGGAAUGUUGCCACCUCCAAGCACGAUUGCUAAUUCUUCUAAUUUUCAGUCUUCAAAUCCUGCAUCUCCUUUGACAUCUGUUCAUGCUAUUGGCUCCCCUGCUCAGUCAACGAUAGAACCAUUAUCAUGUGCAGCUAUGUCUCCUGUCAAAUCAUCUGAUAUUUCCUCUGCUGGACAACAAUCUAAACUAAGAGGUGGUUCAUCUGUUAGAAAUAAUGAUAUCAGUAAUAGUAGCCUUCGUCAGCUAUGUUGCAAGAUCAUUUUAAUUGGUCUUGAGUUCAGUUUAAAACCAGUGACUUAUGCGGAAAUUUUCAACCAUAUGCUAAAUUGGUUGUUGAAUUGGGACCAGAGGCAACAGGGAAUCAAUGAAUCUGAUGUUAUAAAAUCGUGGAGACCUGACAAAUCUGUGAUUGCAUGGCUACACAGUUGUCUGGAUGUGAUUUGGCUUUUAGUUGAUGAGGGAAAAUGUCGGGUACCCUUCUAUGAAUUGUUACGUAGUGAUUUGCAAUUCAUAGAAAAUAUUCCUGAUGACGAAGCACUAUUCACUCUUAUCUUGGAGAUCCAUAGGAGACGAGAUAUGAUGGCUAUGCACAUGCAAAUGUUAGAUCAGCAUCUUCAUUGCCCUACCUUUGGGACUCAUCGGAUCCUGACUCAGACGACACCUACUGUUUCAGGUGAAGCUGUAACCCACAUGCGACUAUCACCAAUUACAUAUUCAAGUGUACUUGGAGAACCAUUGCAUGGAGAGGAUAUCGCAUCCUCUAUUCAGAAGGGAAGUUUGGACUGGGAGAGAGCUGUACGUUGUAUAAGGCAUGCUUUACGUACUACACCAUCACCUGAUUGGUGGAGACGCGUGCUGGUGUUGGCACCUUGCUAUAGACUUUCAUCUCAAAUGCCAACUGCUGGUGCUGUUUUUUCUUCGGAGAUGAUCUGUGAAGCAACUAUUGAUAGAAUAGUUGAAUUAUUGAAAAUGACAAAUUCAGAGAUAAAUUGCUGGCAGGAUUGGUUGGUCUUCUCUGAUAUAUUCUAUUUUCUUAUUAAAAGUGGGUGCAUUGAUUUUGUUGAUUUUGUGGACAAGCUGGUUUCACGACUUACAGAGGGUGAUCAUCAUAUACUUAAGACCAAUCAUGUGACCUGGUUGCUUGCACAGAUAAUUCGAAUUGAGCAAGUUAUGAAUGCUUUGAACACUGAUCCUAGAAAGGUGGAGACAACCAGAAAGAUUUUAUCAUUCCAUAGAGAAGACAAAAGUUCGGAUCCUAAUAAUUCUCAAAGUAUCUUGCUUGAUUUUGUGAGCAGCUGUCAAAAUUUACGUAUUUGGUCGCUUAACUCAUCAACCAGGGAAUAUCUGAACAAUGAACAGCUUCAAAAAGGAAAGCAAAUAGAUGAAUGGUGGAGACAAGCGAGCAAAGGGGACAGAAUGAUGGAUUAUAUGAAUAUGGAUGAACGCUCGAUAGGGAUGUUUUGGGUUGUGACCUACACAAUGGCACAACCUGCUUGUGAAACAGUAAUGAAUUGGUUAAAUUCUGCCGGAGUUGCUGACUUACUGCCAGGAACAAAUAUGCAGCCUGCUGAGAGAUUAAUGGCUACACGAGAAGUGAGCCCACUGCCCAUGUCAUUGUUAGCUGGAUUUUCAAUAAACUUGUGCGUGAAGUUGUCUUAUCAAAUGGAAGAUUCUCUAUUUUCUGGGCAGGUUAUACCCAGCAUUGCAAUGGUUGAAACUUAUACCAGAUUGCUGCUCUUAGCACCUCAUUCACUCUUCCGUUCGCAUUUCAAUCAUCUGGUUCAAAGAAAUCCUUCUUUGUUGAGCAAACCUGGGGUAACACUUUUAGUGCUUGAGAUAUUGAACUACCGACUACUUCCACUUUACAGAUACCAGGGAAAAAGCAAAGCCCUAAUGUAUGAUGUUACAAAGAUAAUUUCGGCUAUAAAAGGAAAACGAGGAGAUCAUCGAGUAUUCAGAUUAGCUGAAAACCUGUGCCUGAAUCUUAUUUUCUCGUUGCGUGACUUUUUCUUGGUUAAAAGGGAAGGAAAGGGCCCGACAGACUUCACUGAAACUUUGAAUCGAGUGACUGUCAUAACUCUUGCUAUCCUAAUUAAAACUCGUGGAAUUGCUGAUGCUGAACACCUCCUUUACCUACAAAAUAUGUUGGAACAAAUCAUGGCAACUAGCAAUCAUACGUGGUCAGAGAAAACACUACAUCACUUCCCUUCUGUUCUUCGUGAAGCAUUGAGUGGUCGAACUGAUAAAAGAAGCCUUGCUAUACAAACAUGGCAGCAGGCUGAAACCACUGUAAUAAACCAGUGCAACCAGCUUCUUUCACCAUCAACUGAUCCUAGUUAUGUUUUGACCUAUAUCAGUCAUAGUUUCCCUCAGCAUCGACAAUAUCUAUGUACUGGUGCAUUGAUAUUAAUGCAUGGCCAUGCAGAAAAUAUUAACAGUGGAAACCUGGGACGUGUCCUGCGGGAGUUCUCUCCUGAAGAGGUGACAUCUAAUAUUUACACAAUGGUGGACGUUCUGCUUCAUCAUAUGCAGAUAGAGCUUCAACAAGGACACUCCUUACAGGACCUGAUGUUAAAAGCUUGUGCAAGCCUUGCCUUUUUUGUUUGGACUAAUGAAUUACUUCCUUUGGAUAUCUUGCUUCUGGCACUUAUUGACCGUGAUGAUGAUCCACAUGCUUUGCGUAUUGUGAUUAGUCUACUUGAUAGGCAAGAGCUUCAGCAAAGAGUAAAGCUCUUUUGUAUGACUCGUGGGUUCCCCGAACAUUGGCUUUACUCAGGAAUAUUCAAGCGAGUUGAGCUACAAAAGGCUCUUGGAAAUCACCUUGCAUGGAAGGAUCGGUAUCCUGUUUUUUUUGAUGAUAUUGCAGCACGUUUACUUCCGGUCAUCCCCUUAAUUAUUUAUAGACUUAUCGAAAAUGAUGCAAUGGAUACAGCAGAAAGAGUAUUGGCCAUGUAUACCCAUUUGCUUGCUUAUUACCCUCUAAGAUUUACAUUUGUUCGGGAUAUACUUGCAUACUUCUACGGUCAUCUUCCUGGAAAGCUUAUUGUUCGAAUCCUCAAUGUACUUGAUGUCAGUAAGAUUCCCUUUUCAGAGUCAUUCCCUCAACAAAUAAGUUCGACAAAUCCAGUCAUGUGCCCUCCUCUAGAUUAUUUUACAACUCUGUUACUGGGAAUAGUGAAUAAUGUUAUUCCUCCAUUACAUAACAAUUCAAAAUCUGGAUCAAUGGGAGAUGCAUCAAACAAUACACUGCGUCCUACACAAAACAAGCCUGCUGCAGUAUCCCAGUCUGGGCCAGCAAAUGCUUCAGAGGGCCAAAAGGCAUUUUACCAAAUUCAAGAUCCGGGGACAUACACUCAGUUGGUUCUUGAGACUGCUGUUAUUGAAAUACUUUCCCUUCCGGUAUCUGCCUCUCAGAUAGUACAAUCACUUGUUCAAAUUGUUGUUAAUAUACAACCAACCUUGAUCCAGUCCAGCAAUGCUCUUCAUGGUGGUUCAAAUAGUGUAGGGCAGGGUUCAGUGUUGCCAACAUCACCUUCAGGUGGAAGCACAGAUUCCUUAGGUGCAAGCCGAUCAACUCCUUCAGUUUCUGGAAUAAAUACCUCUAACUUUGCUUCUCGAAGUGGUUAUACAUGUCAACAACUAUCUUGUUUGUUAAUUCAAGCUUGUGGCCUUCUACUGGCUCAGCUUCCCUCUGAUUUUCAUUCACAACUUUACUUGGAAACGACACGUAUUAUAAAAGAGAACUGGUGGCUUAAGGAUGGGACAAGGUCGCUUGGGGAAAUAGAUUCUGCAGUUGGCUAUGCAUUGUUAGAUCCAACAUGGGCUGCACAGGACAAUACCUCUACAGCAAUUGGGAAUGUGGUGGCCUUGCUUCAUUCUUUCUUCAGUAACCUCCCUCAAGAAUGGCUUGAAGGGACCAAUGUCAUUAUCAAGCAGCUUCGGCCUGUAACUUCAGUCGCCCUGUUGAGAAUAGCAUUCCGUAUAAUGGGGCCACUCCUUCCAAAACUUGCCAAUGCUCAUGCACUUUUCAACAAGACUCUCUCAUCAUUACUAAGUAUAUUAGUGGAUGUAUUUGGAAAAAAUUCACAGACAACGAUUGCUGUUGAUGCGUCAGACAUAGCAGAUAUCAUUGACUUCCUGCAUCAUGUCGUCCACUAUGAGGGACAGGGAGGGCCUGUGCAGGCUAGCAGCAAACCACGACCAGAUGUUUUGGCCCUCAUUGGAAGGGCAUCAGAGAGUUUACGUCCAGACAUUCAACAUCUGCUUUCACACCUAAACCCUAAUGUGAAUUCCUCUGUAUAUGCGGCAUCUCAUCCUAAGUUAGUUCAGAAUCCGACCUAGAUGCUACUGUAUUAUAUAUACUUUGAAGAUUCUGGCUCUAGCUGAUGACAAAUACACAGCAUGAUUUAGAAAUUGUAUGAAUUAAGAGUUGUAUAUAAAACGAUGUAUAUACUAUUAAUUUCAUUUCUCCCAAAACUUUAUCAGAAAAAAUAGUAGAGUUGUUAAACAGUAAUAUAAUCUAUCCCACGUUCAUAUUAGCAACUGU